GAUAAACACAGUAGCAUAACUAAAACAAAACCCAUCACCACCAUAUCACCGUUUCAUGUCUCCAUUUCAAAACCUGUGGUUACUCAAGCCAAUGGUGGGUCUCAUUUCAUCAUUAUGCCAAUCUUAACAGCCACGAUUUAAUCUUUGCUUUCUUAGAGAAAUCGAAACACAAAUCUCUAUAAAAUAAUCCCCAAUCCUUUCCUCCAUUAAUUAGAGAUUUUUUUUCUCUUCCAAUUUUUUGUGCAGAGAAGAAAUUUUCUGGGGGCAAUCCAAGUUGAAAGGUACUAAAAGAAUUCUAAUUCCUGAAUUUUGUCACAGAUUUUAUGAUUUUUUGUUGGAUUUAUGAUUCCAUAUGUAGGUGUAAAAAUUAUAAAUUUAGAUCUAUACUGUUGUAAAUUAGGGUUCCAUUUGUUGAUUGAAAGAAUUUUGGUUAGAUGAAUUAAGGGGUUUAGAUUUAGAUUGAUUCAUAUAGAAUGGGGUUUGAGGUGAUUGAUAGAAUUGGGGUAGUAAAUGAAUCAAGAACUGAAGAAAUAGGGUCUACAAUUGUGAAACAAGAAGUUUCUGUUGAAGAACAACUAACAUCUAUGAGUAUACACGGGUCAAGAAAUACAAGUCCUUCCAGUAGAGCUGGGUCGAGGAAUACUAGUCCGUCGAGCCGAGCUGGAUCGAGAAAUACUAGUCCUUCAAGGCAAAAGGCUGUGAAGACAAAGCCUCGAGGGUUCGAUGAGGAGACUGUUGCAACAUUUGGUAAAUUUAUUCAUCCUGAUAUCCAAAUGGAAGAUAAUAUAUGGGCGAUGUUACCUGAAGAUUUGUUGAAUGAGAUUUUAGCUAGAGUACCUCCUUUUAUGAUUUUUCGGCUGCGUUCUGUGUGUAAAAGGUGGAAUUCAAUACUUCAAGAUAAUAGUUUCCUUAAGUUAUAUUCUCAAUUGCCUUCCCAUGGACCUUGUCUUCUCACAUUUUCAAAAAGCCCUCAAACAUUGCAGUGUUCAAUAUUCAGCUUGCCACUGAAAACAUGGUACAAAAUACCGUUUACAUUCUUACCACAAUGGGCGUUUUGGUUAGUUGGUUCUUCAGGAGGUCUUGUUUGUUUCUCGGGAUCAGAUGGGGUUACUUUCAAAACUUUGGUUUGUAACCCGCUUACUCAAGCUUGGAGGACACUUCCUAUUAUGCAUUAUAAUCAGCAAAGACAGUUAAUUUUGGUUGCUGAUCGGACAGAUAGGUCUUUCAAAGUCAUAGCUACUAGUGAUAUUUAUGGUGACAAGACGUUGCCCACUGAGGUUUAUGAUUCGAAACUUAAUUCUUGGUCUGUUCAUCAGAUAAUGCCUGCUGUAAAUCUUUGCUCAUCGAAGAUGGCGUUUUGUGACUCCAGGCUGUAUCUUGAGACCCUUUCGCCACUUGGGUUGAUGAUGUAUAGGCUGGAUACUGGUUAUUGGGAACAACUUGCAGCUAAAUUUCCCCGUUCUUUGUUGGAUGGUUAUUUGGUUGCAGGGACACAAAAACGUUUGUUCCUAGUGGGGCGUAUUGGUCUUUAUAGCACACUUCAGAGUAUGCGAAUUUGGGAAUUGGACCAUUCAAAGAUUCUUUGGGUAGAGAUAAGUAGGAUGCCACCUAAGUAUUUCAGGGCAUUACUGAGGUUAUCAGCAGAGAGAUUUGAAUGUUUCGGGCAAGAUAAUUUGAUCUGUUUUACUUCUUGGAAUCAAGGUAAGGGUCUAUUAUAUGACGUCGGUAAGAAAGUGUGGUCAUGGAUUGCUGGCUGUGCUCUCCAGUCUUACAACAGCCAAGUAUGUUUCUAUGAGCCAAGAUUUGAUGUUUCCAUUCAUUGAGGUGAAUCUCUGCUUUGUGGAUGGAGUUCCAAUGUAUAUCUAGAGGUCUAUGAGAGUUUAUCCUUCGAUGCAUCUUCCCAUUGCAGCAUUUCUGCCUCCUCUUCACAUGACACCUACACAAGCUGGAAGCUUGUUGAACUGGGAAAAUGGUAUGUUUGUUGCUCAUUUUCAUCUCUUGAGCCGCUGUCUUCUACAUUUUAAAACCGCAUUAGAUACUCCAGCAUUUGGCAUUACACACCCCACCAGAAGAAGCAUGUUUUUUUGACUGUUUUUUUUGUUUCACAUAGCUAGUAAUAUAUUGGCAUCAGGAUUAGGUAUUAUGAUGUUGCAGAGAUGGGGUACUGGAUGCGUUUAAAUUCUUAGAUAAGGACUUGAAAUUUUUGGUUGAUACACAUUAUGGCUGGCAAUCGAAGAAGAAGAUGGAUAUACGGCCUUUCUUCAGUUUAUUAGUACGCUACCAAAUGGUCAAUUUCGUGCAAGUUCCCGACUUAUUGGGCUUCAGUAUAUAUGUACUCUCCUUGAAUAUUCAAUAUCAUGCAAGUUCCCUGAAUUAUAUGAAUUUUUUGCUUAAUGUUUAUGUGUACUGUCCUGAAAAUGUCUAAUAACACGAGAGUCCCCCGUUGAUAGU